AUGCCUCUCACCCUUCCCCUCCUCCCCCGCCAUGUCCCCUCCUCUAUCCCUUACCUCCUCCUAGCUUUCCUCCUCUUCACGACCCUCGCAACCGCCAACGUUGAGAAAACCAUCUUCCUAGCCCCUCCCCCUACCACAAUUCCAACCCCACAUCCCCCAAUCGACGACCUAGGUCUCGCGCGCCUCUCCCCCUCCCACCCCAUCCUCCGCACACACCUCAACGCAUCCUUCCCAACCCAGUCCUCACCAGGAACCGAAUCCUGGUUUUUCCUCCAAAACCUCACGCCUGGUCGACGCUAUGAAGUACGCAUAUGCUGGCUAGCAACUCAACCAACAUCCUUCACCCUAACAACAUACACCCUCUCGCACGCCCUCUCAGACACCUUCCUCCUCUCCUCUAUAACAAACUACUCCUCCCUGCGCCUCGCCAGCACUCCAAACUCCGAACUCAACCUCGACCUCGACGACACAACCACCACCAACUUCAACCCCGAAAUCCCUCUCGACAGCAACGAGCCCAUCACAGACUCUGUUCUAUUCCUACGUAUCCGCGCCGCGGCAGACUACUACACCACGGAUAAGGAGCUCAUGACACAUGUGCCGCCCGUGGCGGUGGAUGUGAUUCUGGAUCCGUUUCUGGGGAAUGUGUUUCCGAGGUCGUUGGUGCCGACGGCGUGCUACGGGGUGAUUGUGGCUGUGGUGGCUGUUUUGGUUGGGAAGUGGGUGGUUGGGGAGUUGGGGAGAGUGGUGGAUGAUAUGGCUGAGGAGAGGGAGAAGGAGGAGGGAGAUGAGGAUGUGGAUGGGGAUGGGGAGGUAGUAGUAGAUGGGGCGAGAGAGGGGAAGAAGGUGCGGUGA